UAUAUAUAGGAGCUACACUUUUACCCAAAUCAAUCAAAAACCCUAUCUCCUAUUCCAAUUUACAGCUGAAAAUCCCCAAUUGAAGCUCACAAUUUCAGUUCUGUAUAUAUAUAACGAUCAGAUUUAGUCUCUUUGAUUCGAGUUGUUCUUGAAAUUUACAUGAAAUUAGUAAUAAGCAGUGAUUUUGUUGUUUGUUUUGAUUUUGCGUUUUUUUUAAUAGCAAUUUUGGAUGUAACCGAUGUAAAAUAGUUUGAAUUUAGGGUUAGUUUUUUCUUUUAUUAUUUGAUGAUUGUUUGGAUAAAGUGAUGGAAAUGGAGGGUUCUCGUAGACCAUUUGAUAGAUCAAGAUUGGAGCCAGGACCUAAGAAACCAAGAUUAGUCGAAGCCCCAAUUGGAACUGAGCGAGGUUCUAAUGGGAGAAGCUUUAUUCCUCAACGGGGAGCUGGGAAUUCGAGGAUUCGAGCUAGUGAUAAAGGGGGAGACUCGGAAAACAGUGAUUCGAUUCGCGGGUCUUUUCAACAGCAGACGCAGCAUCAGGAGCUAGUGAGUCAAUAUAAGACGGCUUUAGCUGAACUAACAUUUAAUUCAAAGCCGAUAAUUACAAACUUGACUAUUAUUGCUGGUGAGAAUUUGCAAGCGGCCAAGGCAAUUGCUGCUACUAUCUGCAACAACAUUAUUGAGGUUCCUACUGAGCAAAAGUUGCCAUCUCUAUAUCUUUUGGACAGUAUUGUGAAGAACAUCGGGCGGGAUUAUAUCAAGUAUUUUGCCACCAGGCUGCCUGAGGUUUUCUCCAAAGCUUAUAGACAGGUUGAACCUUCAGUACAUCCUGGGAUGCGACAUCUUUUUGGAACUUGGAAAGGAGUAUUCCCCCCUCAACAACUACAAUUAAUUGAGAAGGAGCUCGGAUUUACUACCGGUGUCAACGGCUCAUCAUCAGGGACAUCUAGGCCUGAUCCACAGGCUCAACGACCUGCACAUAGCAUUCAUGUAAAUCCAAAAUAUCUGGAGGCACGGCAACGUCUACAGCAAUCAACCAGGGCAAAAGGAGCAGCUAGUGACAUCAGCAGUACUGUUAAUGUAAAUGAGGACGCAGAGAGACCAGAGAGAACGACCAGUGUUAGUUCUGGAAGAUCAUGGAUUGAUCCCUCCAUUAAGCGUGCUCAGAAAGAAAAGUUGAAUGAGCAUGUUCCUGAGAAAACUAUCAGUGCAGCAUAUGGGGAUUCGGAUUAUGCUUCUGAUCUGCCAAGUCGUGCUGCCUUUGGAGUAGGAAGAGGAGGUGAAAGAUUUAAAGAACAGGGGUUCGAUAAACCUUGGUAUGAUUCGGGGGCUGGUAAAAUAUUGAGCCAAAGAAGCAGCUUGGACACUAAGCAUGAUUUCCAAAGUAUACCCCAAAAAUCUGCAACCUCUGAUGCACAUCCACAACUAAUACCGUCCUUACCAAAUAGAACCAGUACUUUAACGGAUAGGAGCUGGAAGAAUUCCGAGGAAGAGGAGUACAUGUGGGAUGAUGUAAAUAAUGCAGCUAAAGACCGGUGGGCAUCUGAGGAUUCAGAUAAAUCUGACUUAGAAAAUCAACUACGGAGACCACAAAGCAUAAGGGAGGUCGGGUUAAGGGCUGAUAGUGAAGCCUCAGCUGAUUCUCCUUCUGCCGAAGAAAGAGGGCCAGCUUCUUUUGGGAAUCAAAUGUCAGCAAUGUGGUCCAGGGGAUCACAUGCUUUAGAUGGAGCUAGGCAUUCAGCUUCUGUUCAAGGUGCUCCAGUUCAUUCAGAAGGCUAUCAAACUUCUUUCAGUGGGUUGUCAAAAGUUGCAAAUUCAGUAAGUAGGGCAUCUUACAAGUUACAGACAGGUUCAGUCCAUGUUGGAACGCAAAAUAUUGGGCCGAUGAAUGCAACUCUGGAAUCCAGGGGAUCCAUAGUGCAACAGGGAGAGACUCUCAGAGCUGCCUCUCCCUCUGCUCAGUCACCAAUGCAUCACCUUCCUCCAUCCCCAUCACUUAUAACAAGCAACAGUAAUCAAGUAAUUAACAGUCCCGCUGAGCAGUACCAGAUGCAAACCAGUUCUCGUUCUGAUCCAAGACUAUCCCAAAUCUCAAGGAGGUCAAAUCUAGAUCCUCGUAACCAGUAUGCCCAGGAAUCUCUGACAAUGCCAUCUCGGAAUACCAUUUCAGUUAAUUCACAAAGACAACACCCUCCAAGUUUGCAGAAUUCGUCUGCCUUGUCUUCUUCUCAUCAGUUGAGACAGAAGGUUCAGCGGGAAAGCCUGGAAUCUGAAUAUUCUGUACAAACCAAGAAUUCAACAGUUCCUGAGAUUUCAGGUUUUCCUGAUCCCUCUAGCACUAGCAGUUUGUUGGCUGCUGUUUUGAAGAGUGGAGUCAUUGGUAAUAAAUCGAGUUCUGGUACUACGUCAAGUUCUCUUGAUAAGGGUGCUCUCUCAUCCCAAGCCAGUGCACAGCCUCAUCCCGCCCAGUUUUCCACAUCUGGGCCUAGGAUACCGCCGGCCUCUGUCACUAGUCUAUCAAUGGACAGAAAUGCUUCGAACUCUCCAAAUUAUUCCCAGAGAAAUGUAGAACAGCCACCAUUGCCACCUGGUCUGCCUCCAACUCUUGCAGGUACUGCAUCAUCGCAGACGCCGAAUGCACCAAAUAUUGCUUCCAGUCCUCUUUCAAGUAUUUUGAGUACAUUGGUGGCGAAGGGGUUAAUAUCCGCAUCAAAGAAGGACCCUCCUAUUUAUACUCCUUCAGAUACACCUCCUCAAACUCAGAACCUUAUUCCACCUGCAAGUUCCAUUUCAACUCCUGCUUUAUCUGCUCCAACAUCUUCAUCUGUUCCUUCUUCAGCUCAUAAGGAUGAACUUUCACACUCGAAACCUUCUGCUGAAACUCCUGAGGUCUUACUUCAGUCCAUGAAAGAAGAGGCAAAAAGUCUCAUUGGGCUUGUAUUUAAGCCAGAUGUGAUUCGGAAUUCUCAUCCUGCUGUGAUCAGUGACCUUGUUGAUGAUGUUCCACUUCAGUGUGGAAUAUGCGGUUUUGGAUUUAAAUUCCAAGUGAAACUUGAUAGACACUUGGAAUGGCACUCAUUGAGAAAUCCAGAUGUCAAACUGUUGAAUAAUUCAAGAAAGUGGUAUUUAAAUUCUGGGGAAUGGAUUGCUGCAUUUGGUGGCCUCCCUUGUGGCGAUAAAUCUGAAGGGCCAGCUGGAGGUUCUAGUGAGACAUCAGAAUGUACUGAGACCAUGGUUCCUGCAGAUGAAUGUCAAUGUGUGUGUGUUUUGUGUGGUGAGUUUUUUGAAGACUUCUACAAUGAAGAAAGUGAUGAAUGGAUGUUCAAAGAUGCUGUUUACAUGAGUAUUCCAAGUGAAAGUGAUUGUCAGGGUCCGAUAGUCCACAAGAACUGUAUUUCAGAAAGUUCUUGUCAAGAGUUGGGGUUUGCCUAGGAUAUAAAACUGGUGUUGGAUGCUUGAUUUUUGUCUCUUAAUCGAAGACAACCAGGUUCAUUUUGAAUUACUUGUAAUGAUUAUACAUCUUCUUGCUUAGUAAGCCUCUUCCAUGCUUUUGUUUGAAACGACAAUGAAAUGGAAAUUCUAGAUACUAGAACAGUUUGCGCAUCAUAUCUUCCUCAAUUUGAUACUUUCUGUCCACUUACAAUUGUCCUCAGUGACGUUUUCAGUUUCAGUUAUUGAUGCUAUUGAACAAACUAUUGAACAAAAAUCAUCCAGCUGCAAUUCUGUUCAAGAUCCAACUUAUACUUAAGCAAGCUACUGAGUGUGCAUUCACUUUGUUAGAACAUUAAGGGCUUAAAACUUUUACUAAUUGUCUAGAGCCUCGGCAACUUUGUCCCUUUUAAGUUCUCGGACACUUGGACUAUCAUUGCAACCAUAUUGUUGGUUUUAGAUAAUGGAUAUUCCCAGAUUAUGAUAGAAGUUCUUUGUUUAUUGGGAUGUAAUUUCAUUGCCUGUAUGUUUAUUGCAAGUCCUUGGUUUUUACUUCUAGUAGAAAGUAGGAGGUUCUUGAAGCUGUCGACUGAAUGUUCGUUCACAUUAGUUGCUGCUCAAGCUGAUGAGAACCUUUACAUACACAAACAUCUGUGGAAUUGUUCAUUGUGAAUUUUUUUUGUGCUCAACA